UGAAAUAAAAUUAGGUUAAAAUCGAAUUAGGGGAAAACUCCACGAAAGUUGGAGCAGAGAGAGAGAGAGAGAGAGAGCCAACCAAACCAACAAACAACAAUGUCUUCUUCUUCUUCUUCUUCUCCUUCUCCGAUCUCGUCCGAGACGACAAUAUCCAAAGAAAUCGAUCCCAACAACGUAUCCCUCGCCGAAAACUUCCUCAAAUCGUUCACUUUCCCCGACUCCUCCCUCGACGAUUUCGCCUCCUUCGACUCUUUCUCCGUCUUGCUCCAAAACAACAUCCGAGCUCUCUCCGUCGCACGUGGCCGCAUCACGUGCUCCGUCGUCGUCACGCCUGGCCUUACCAAUUACUUUAAUGGGUUACAUGGAGGAGCAGUGGCCUCAAUUUCAGAGAGAUUAUCAAUGGCUUGCGCGAGAACAUUCGUGUCUGAAGAGAAACAGCUGUUCCUCGGUGAAUUGAGUAUGUCUUAUCUCUCUGCUGCUCCAGUUACGAGUGAAUUGGUGGUGGAAGGAUCGGUGGUGAGGAGUGGGAGGAACCUGACGGUGGUGAAUGUUGAGUUCAAGAUGAAGGACACCAUGAAAGUCACUUACCUAGCUCGUGCUACUUUUUACCAAUCUAUUAUCUCCAAGCUUUAAGCUUUUGGCUCAAUUAAUAAGAAACAUAUCUUUUGUUGAUUCUUUAUUAUUCUAUUUCAAUAAGACAAGAUUCUGUUAUGUAUACAGAUUAGUUUGGACUCGCGUGAUAUGUAAUCAACAUUACUAUUUUUUUCUCUGUCCACAUUGACUAGAGUAUGACAUGUUGAGAUC